UAUAUUUGCGACCACUGUCAGCCUCAGAGUUAUCUCUGAGUUACCAGACCUUGCCACGUGGAGGCCAGUGGUUCGUCUUUAAGGUCCCCCCCCCCUCGCCUUCCCCAGGUUCAUGUGUCCAGGAAUUCAUCCGUGGGCCCCCGGAUGUCUCCCCUUCCUCAUUUCCCUAAGGUCAGCCUCGCCUCUCUUUCUCUCUCUCUGCCUUCCAGCCUCAGCCUUCCCCAGGUUCAUGUAUCCAGGAAUCCAUCUGUCUGCCUCCGGAUGUUUUCCCUUCCUCACUUCCCUAAGGUCAGCCUCACCAACCUGUUUUCUUGCUGUCCCAAGGUUCAUGUAUCCAGGAAUCCUUCCGUCUACCGCCGGAUAUCUUCCCUUCCCCACUUGCCCAAGGUCAGCCUCAACUGCAUGUAUUCUUGCCUUGCCAAGGUUCAUGUAUCCAGGGAUCCAUCAGUUCGCUCCCAGAUGUCUCCCCUUCCCCACUUACCCAAGGUCAGCCUCAACGACAACCUUCCUCAAGUUCAUGUAUCCAGGAAUCCAUCCGUUCGCUCCCGGAUGUCUUCCCUUCCCCAUUUCCCUAAGGUCGGCGGUGCCUUCCCCGGAUCAGUGUCUCCAGGAAUCCACUUAUGUCACCUCAGGUGAACUCCCUUCCCCACUUCCCCAAGGUCAGCGGUAUUCUUGCCGUCCGCAGGAUCAUGUAUCCAGGAAUCCUUCCGUCUACCGCCGGAUAUCUUCCCUUCCCCACUUACCCAAGGUCAGCCUCAACUGCAUGUAUUCUUGCCUUGCUCAGGUUCAUGUAUCCAGGAAUCCAUCCGCUCGCUCCGGAUGUCUCCCCUUCCCCACUUACCCAAGGUCAGCCUCAACAACAACCUUACUCAAGUUCAUGUAUCCAGGAAUCCAUCCGCUCGCUCCGGAUGUCUUCCCUUCCCCAUUUCCCUAAGGUCGGCGGUGCCUUCCCCGGAUCAGUGUCUCCAGGAGUCCACUUAUGUCACCUGAGUGGACUCCCUUCCCCACUUCCCCAGAGUCAGCGGUGCCUUCCCCGGAUCAGUGUCUCCAGGAGUCCACUUAUGUCACCUCAGGUGGACUCCCUUCCCCACUUCCCCAAGGUCAGCGGUAUUCUUGCCGUCCGCAGGAUCAUGUAUCCAGGAAUCCUUCCGUUUACCGCCGGAUAUCUUCCCUUCCCCACUUACCCAAGGUCAGCCUCAACUGCAUGUAUUCUUGCCUUGCUCAGGUUCAUGUAUCCAGGAAUCCAUCCGCUCGCUCCGGAUGUCUCCCCUUCCCCACUUACCCAAGGUCAGCCUCAACUGCAUGUAUUCUUGCCUUGCUCAGGUUCAUGUAUCCAGGAAUCCAUCCGCUCGCUCCGGAUGUCUCCCCUUCCCCACUUACCCAAGGUCAGCCUCAACUGCAUGUAUUCUUGCCUUGCUCAGGUUCAUGUAUCCAGGAAUCCAUCCGCUCGCUCCGGAUGUCUCCCCUUCCCCACUUACCCAAGGUCAGCCUCAACAACAACCUUCCUCAAGUUCAUGUAUCCAGGAAUCCAUCCGCUCGCUCCGGAUGUCUUCCCUUCCCCAUUUCCCUAAGGUCGGCGGUGCCUUCCCCGGAUCAGUGUCUCCAGGAGUCCACUUGUGUCACCUGAGUGGACUCCCUUCCCCACUUCCCCAGAGUCAGCGGUGCCUUCCCCGGAUCAGUGUCUCCAGGAGUCCACUAGUGUCACCUCAGGUGGACUCCCUUCCCCACUUCCCCAGAGUCAGCGGUGCCUUCCCCGGAUCAGUGUCUCCAGGAGUCCACUAGUGUCACCUCAGGUGGACUCCCUUCCCCACUUCCCCAGAGUCAGCGGUGCCUUCCCCGGAUCAGUGUCUCCAGGAGUCCACUAGUGUCACCUCAGGUGGACUCCCUUCCCCACUUCCCCAGUGUCAGCGGUUGCCACCUUCAGUGACCUCGCUGCUUGGAAACUCGGUCUUGUCUAGCUGGUCUACGGUAGAGACUGUCCAGGUGGGUGGAAUUACUGGAGGUGACACACACAGAAAACUGCGUCCAGUAAUUACACCCACCAAGACAGCCUGGACCGUAGGUCAGCUAGACGCCACCAAGCUGCCUCACAGUUCCGCCACCUCCGAGAGGCUAAUUAACGUAAAUUUUGGAAAUCCUUUUAUGUUACACUAUGAAAAUAUACUGAGAACAAGUUGUAUUUUUACUUAUUUAGCUGUUUAAAAGUAUUUGUGAGUGUUUUAUUAUUGCAGAUGAAUACCCAAAUGUUGGUUAAUUUGUCCACCACCAUCAUAACUAUGUUAAAUAUUACACUGCUUUCAUUUUUGUUUAUUUAUCCGUGUUUUCAUUUGGCAUUGAAAGCCUAACAAGCACAGAAAUUGUUUGCAUACACAUAUAUAAGUAUUUUCACAAAUAUUUAUACGUUUAAACACAUUCACCUUACUCAUACAUCAUUAUACAUACACUUGC